AUGCACGCGGUAGGACGUACACGAUGGGAGGUGGAGGAGGAUCUCCCGGAGGAGAUCGUCGUCAUCGGGAAGGCGGGUCAUUGCGGACCCCUCCUCGGUGACCUGGAUUUGGGGGCGAAGUAUCGUGCGGCAUUGGCUGGUCAGUCCAGCGACCUGUUAACUAAUGUGGAUCUGGGGUUUACAGCGUGUUUGGUGGGGGUGGUUGGAGACAAGGAAUGGGAGUUUAAGUCUAUACCCCAGCAAGAGCCCAACGCCAUGUCUUUUUCCUGUGAACGGAAAGAAGGCAAAGAAAAAAAAAACACUCCAGUCUUCGAUCCCCAAUUCACCACAUGGAUCAGAGCGAGGGCGCCGAAAUGGCACGCCGCGGCGGCAGCUCGCCGGCGGCGCCGGGCUCCCCGCUGGAAUACGAAGAUCUCCUCCGUGAGACCCUCCUCCUCCUCCCGCCGCUGCCGUCCUCCCUCCUCCACGCCUCCGCCGUCUGCAAGCACUGACUGGGCCUCGUCACCGACCCCAAGUUCCUCAUCCGCUUCCGCGCCCACCACCGGGCGUCUUCGAGCACAGCGGCGACAGAAUGGUGUUCAGGUCCAUCCUAGAUCCUCCCGACCGCAUCCCUCCUGCGCGCUUCAACCUGCAACGUCAAACCGGCGGCUGCUCGAGCACCUACAUGCUCGCGCCCUCCUCGUGGACCAGGUGCGGAAUCAGCUCAUUGUGUGCGACUCGGUCACCGGUGGCCAGCACCGCGUGGCCCUUCCGCCGGCUUUCGGCGAAGACGAGUUCAGCGGGGCGGUCCUCUGCGCUGCCACCGACCAUGACCAUGUGCACGGCAGCUGCAGCUCGAGCCCCUUUAAGGUGGUCCUAGUGUCCCUACGCAGAGAGGAUAACAGAACCAUGGCCUGUGUUUACUCCUCGGAGAUUGGCGCAUGGGGCAACCUCACCUCGACACCGGCUGCCGUUUGGGAUGAUGGUUCUUAUGGGAUCCUUGUUGGCAAUGCACUUUACUUUUUGCUUUAUGAUAUCAGCGAUGGCAUACUUGAGAUUGAUUUGGGUGAGGAGAGCCUAGCUGUGAUCAGAGGGCCUCCCGUGAUGAAUGAUUUCUGCCAUGGCAGCCCUCAUAUCAUCCAAGGUGAGGAUGGUGCUCUUGGCCUGGCCAUAUUGUAUUGCUCUCGCAUCCAAAUGUGGCAGAGGAGCUCCAAUUGUCAUGGUGUUGCUACAUGGGUCCUGUGGAAGACUGUUGAAAUGCAUAAUGUUCUUGGGCUCCCUCCUCAGAUUGAGUCUAGGAGAAGGCGGACGGAAAUUAUAGUGGGCUAUGCUGAAGAUGACAAUGUACUAUUUAUAGAUGUGGAUGCCAAUGUCUACAUGGUUUACCUCAAGUCAAUGCAAUCCAAGAGACUUUAUGAAGCCUGGCCUAUCUCUUCCUGCCAUCCUUUCACGAGUUUCUACACACCAGGCACAACCGCUCCUGGUGGUUCUGAUGAAGGUGAAAUGUUGCACAAUACAUAAGAUGGCUGUGUAGUUUGAUGUGCUAACGUGCUGAAAAAUGGUGCAAAAGGUAAGAAGAUCUUUUGAAUAUAGCUUGGGAGAUUUGGAA